AUGGCAACAAAAGCAAAAGAAAGUUCUAUUGUUGGGAAGGAGAAGAAGGCCCCAUCAUCAAAUUCUCACACCACAACCACCAAAAGGACCACCAAACCAUCCACAACAACAAUAACUACAAACUCCACUAACAAGCCCGACUCAACCCCAUAUGAGAAAAACAUCCCUAACUAUCUCAAACCGGGAAAAACCUCACUCCCUGAGUCCCCCACUUCCAAACAACCAAAGAGUAACUCUCCCAACAAUAAGACUUCUAUGGCAAUCAGAGGAAGAUCUUGGGACAAACCAUUUUCCUCUUUAAACUUGACAAGAUCUUUAACAACUCCACGUACAUCUUCCAUUGGCCCAGCUAACAAAAGCACUAUCCCUUCCAUACCCAUUUCAGAUAGGACCUCAAAGGCCCCAAGUGAUGGAAAAACCAAGCCAUUAGUCACAAAGGGUACAAAGAAAACUAUCCCUACUAAUACUACUACUUCUACUAGCACUAAGAAGGUAGCUAAUAAGGAUCAUGCUUCUAUUAAGUCAACAAAGGGUACUCCUAAAGAGACUAAAAAAACUUUAAAGGUUGAAACUGAGCAAGUUAAGGAAGUCACAAAAGUUGAAGUGAUAAAAGUGGAGAAUGAAGAACACAAAGGACAAAAGGUUGAACAUGUGAAUGUUCAUGUUUUUCCAAAUGUUGAAUAUGAACAUGAGAUUGAGCAUGUUCAAGGGCUUGAGAAUUAUGAUCAUCCACCCCAUUAUCAAGUUGAUGAUGAGAGGGUCAUUUCUAUAGUGCCAGAAGCUGAAAAAGAGUCACUAGAAGAGAAAGCAAAGGAUAAGGAACAUGAGUUAGAGGAAGAUAAAACAAACCAAGAUAAAGGAGGAAACAAUAAUGAGAGUGAUCACCAAGAAAAUCAUGAAGGAAAAUUUGUUGUUAAUGAUGAAGGUGAAGGUGAGGGUUGUGAAAUUAUAAUAGAAGAUCACAAAAGUGAGAACAAAAACAGUGAAGAAGCGGCAAUAAAGGAACAAAAGGAAGCAGUUGAUAAAGUAGAAGAGAACAAGGUUGAGGCAACGCCAUUAAAACAACAAUUAGGCGAAAGGAGACAUGGGAAAAUGGAGGCUCAGGUGUCCAAUGAUGAGAUUGAAAAAACUGUUAAGCUUUUGGAGGAAAGGAAGAACAAGGUGAGGGCAUUGGCUGGGGCAUUCCAAACUGUCAUUGAUCAUCAAACAACAUCAAAAUGAAGCAUGUUAAUGUGAAAAACUACUUUUCUAACACUUUAUGCAUAUAAAGGGAACACCGA